CCCAUCAUUGCGCAUGCGUACACCACGUACACCGAUGAUUAGAGCUGUCUUGCCUGGAUGCUAGCUGGCUAGCUAACGGGUCUGUCAAGUCGCACACAUUGGGCCAGAAGGGGGAAGCGCAGCGGUGGAGAAGAAGAAGAAGGGCGACUUGAGCGCCGCUACGAAACAUGGCCGGGCAACAGUUCCAGUACGAUGACAGCGGCAAUACGUUUUUCUAUUUCCUCACGUCCUUCGUGGGGCUUAUUGUGAUCCCGGCGACAUAUUACCUCUGGCCCCGGGAUCAGAAUGCUGAACAACUGCGUCUGAAGAGCCUGAGGAGGGUCCAUGGAAGGUGUCUGUGGUACCGGCUCCGGCUGAUGAAGUCACAGCAGAGCAUUGUCCCGACACUAAAGAAAGCAGCCUUGUUAUUCGGCUGGGCUGUGUUCCUGCUGCUAGCAUACAAGGUGUCCAAGCUGGACAGAGAGUACCAGGAGUAUAAUCCAUAUGAAGUCCUCAACUUGGACCCGGGUGCAUCGCUGUCAGAAAUCAAGAAGCAAUACCGUGUACUGUCUCUCAAGUUCCAUCCUGACAAAGGUGGUGAUGAGGCCACCUUCAUGAGAAUUGCCAAAGCCUAUGCUGCUCUGACCAAUGAACAAUCACGACAGAACUGGGAAAUAUACGGUAACCCGGAUGGUCCAGGAGCUACCAGCUUUGGUAUCGCCCUGCCUGCCUGGAUUGUUGACCAGAAGAACUCAAUGCUGGUGCUGUUGGUAUAUGGACUCGCCUUCAUGGUCAUCCUUCCUGUGGUUGUGGGCACAUGGUGGUACCGCUCCAUCCGAUAUAGCGGAGACCAGAUUCUCAUCAACACCACCCAGCUCUUCAUGCAUUUCAUGUACAAGACGCCCAACAUGAACAUGAAGCGCUUGGCGAUGGUGUUGACAGCGGCAUUUGAGUUUGACCCUCGCAGCAAUAAAGAUGCCACCAUACGACCAACAGACAACAUUGAAGUGCCACAGUUGAUCCGUGAGUUGGGGAAUAUCAACGUGAAGAAGAAGGAGCCUCCGUUCUGCUAUCCUUACAGUUUGAAGGCCAGGGUGUUGGUGCUUGCCCACCUGGCACGCAUGGACGUAUCAGAGGAGUUGGAAGAAGAUCAGAGGUUUGUGGUGAGAAAGAGUCCAGCUCUCCUGCAGGAAAUGAUCAACGUGGGCUGUCAGCUUACCAUGAUGGCCAACAGCAGAGGAGGUUUCCAUGCUCCUCGACUGGUAACCAUAGAGAACUGCAUGAAGCUGACCCAGAUGAUAGUGCAGGGUCUGCAGGAGUCAAAGUCACCGCUGUUACAGCUGCCCCACUUUGAGGAGGAGCACCUCCGCUACUGCAUCUCUAAGAAGUAUAAAGUUCGGAGCCUCCAGGACCUGGUGAGUCUCAAGGACUCCGACAGACGCAGCAUGCUGCGUUUCUUGGGGGAGGAGAAGUACGAUGAGGUCAUGGCUGUGCUGGGCAGCCUCCCUUACAUCAAAAUGGAAACCAAACUGCAGGUCCUUGAUGAUGAAGACAGCAAUAACAUCACAGCAGGGUCUAUUGUCACAGUAACUGUCACCUUAACCAGAAAAAGGAUGGCGGAGGUGUUUGAAAAGGAACAGGAGUCAACACCGUGUCUUACAGAGGAGGCCGGCACUACAGAGGAGGCGCAGGGAGACUCAAGUAAAACCAAAACAAAAGUGUGGCAGAACAAGAGUAAAGCUGCUAAAAAAACAUCCAAGUCAAAGAAGAAAAAAUUAACCAAGAAGAAGGCCACUCCUGCUCCCGCUAAAGCCAAGCAGGCCAAUGGCAACGUGGCGGGAACUGAAGUUGUAGCAGCGGCUGCAACAACAACAACAACAACAACAACGACAGCAGCAGUGGUGAAGGAGGAUGAGGAGGAGGCCUCAGACAAGGGCAGCGAGUCGGACGAGGGCGAAGCCAACAAGGACUCCCCCAGCGAGAGAGACGAGGACAGCGACAAACAGAGCGACACGGAGGUGGACGAGAUGGCCGGCGACGACGAAGAGGAGUGGGAGGCGUUGCAGCAAAGCAUCCAGCGGCGGGAGCGGGCUCUGCUGGAGACCAAGUCAAAGGUGACGCACCCCGUCUACAGCCUCUACUUCCCCGAGGAGAAGCACGAGUGGUGGUGGCUCUACAUCGCCGACCGCCGAGACCAGACCCUCGUCUCCAUGCCCUACCACGUCUGCACGUUAAAAGACACGGAAGAGGUGGAGCUGAAGUUUCCAGCCCCCUCCAAGACAGGCAACUACCAAUAUUCUGUCAUCCUUCGCUCUGAUUCCUACCUGGGACUGGACCAGAUCAAACCACUCAAGUUGGAGGUCCACGAGGCCAAGGCCAUGCUGGACAACCACCCACAGUGGGACAUCCCCGACACGGAGGAGGAGGAUGAGGAGCAGGAGGACAGCGACGGCAUCGAGGAGAGCGAGGAUGACGACGAGGACAACGACUGAAUGCGAAAAAAACACACACACACGCACACACACACAUAUACACACACACACACACACACACACACACACAUACACACACAACCCUCCCCGAUGGACUGGCAACCCACCCACUCCUGAACCCACAACAUAACACACACACACACACAGAAUCACUGGGGACAGUUUAUACACACAGAGCCCUCCUUCUUCUCUUCCAUUUUCUCUUUACAUGGACUGUGACCCCGUCCCUACAUUUCCCCCUUUUUCUACAGAGACUUGUUCGUUCACUUUCCGUUGCUGGCGGAAGAGAAUUCUGUGAAUAACUUACCCAGGCCCGUGUGAGUGGGUGUGCACGUGAGAGUGCGAGUGGAUGGUGUGGGUGUGUGGGUGGGUGUGUGUGUUUGUAAACCUUGUAUGUGUUUGUAAAGGUAUGAAAGAUUGACACACUGUGGACUGGAGGACCUAUUAUCUGGGCUUUUUUUUUUUUUUAUUAUUUUGAGAGGGGG